AUAGUUACAUUGAAUGACUCAUUGACUCAGUGCUCACAACACAUGUCUGUCCUCUAUAAGUACAGACACGACUCAAGUAGUAGUGACUCAACAACUGUUAGGCCAUUCCUCCCGUUCCUCCCAUUCCUCACCAGUUUGCCAGUCAGUCAGUCAUUGAACACUUGAUUAUUUGGUUAUAUUAUGUCUAUGUAUGUCAUUAAUGAUCACUUGACUGGAUGUCUGUCACUGCGAUCGCCAACUCGGGAACCGAUAGCCCAAAGAUCUAUUGGACAGUCAACUGUUUUUUUGACCAUCUCUUCAGUUCAUAACUCAAGUCGGGUGCCAUCUGUGCUAAACAUCAAUUGCCAAACCAAUUGGAUCAGCCGUUAAGUCAAUGAACUGAUUGCCAAACAAUGUUUGAGACGUUGAAAGUCCGUAAGGAAGCGCUCGAAGAGGCCAUGAAUAAGAAGUUGGAUGAACUCAAGACAUUGUGUCUUAAAGAAGGGGAACUGAUCGGCGAAUUACCGCCUGAAACACCUCUCAAAGCUCACGAACCGUUACCACAAAUACAACGCCGAGUCGGCAGUGGUUUCACAUUAAAUGAAGGAUUAAUAUGGAAAUCAAAGACUAAAGAAGAGCAACUAAUUGCCAAACUGGAGCUCGAGUACGAAAUCCAAAGCAAGAUCGUGGCCGCGGCCGCCAAACUGGCCAAAGAUGUGACCGUCAAGAAGAUUGUGCGCAAACAACGCAAACAUGCGUUUCAACAAUCGUUGGCCAAAAUGAAAGACUUGGAAUCACGUAUUGUUGUGGUUAGGCGUCAAAUUGCAACCUCAAAGUCAACUAAAUCACGCCGUAAUCAGUCAUUUGAUGAAACAACGACCGAUGAAAAUGUCAAUCAUUUAAACACUGGAUUGCAUGAGAAAAGUGUUAACAGUUUGAAUAAGUUUGUUGUAACCGAAGCGUCAAACAAACAGUUAGCUAUGAGAAGAAGCGCCAGUUUGUUCUCGACAUCGUUUCCGUCUAAACCAAACAAACUCAACGAUAAUCAAUCUGUUCGUCGAUCACUAUCRCCAUCGAUUACGUCAGUUGUGAACAGAUCUAAUCUAAUUCAAAGACCGCGAUCGGCGGCCGCAAAGUUUGAUCCGGUCUUUGAUUACGACACCGACGAGGAGUCCAAUGAAGUGCUUAGAAAACUUAGCAAUGAUUUUAACGAUUUUGAAAACAAAACAAGUGGUGAAAACAAUAAUAGUGACAUAUAUUUUAAUGAAUCCAAUAUAAGAUCAACUCUUGAGAACAAAUAUCAAUCAAAAGCAUUCUUAACUAAUAAUACCAAUCAGUAUAAUGUUGUCACUAGUGGUGACUCAUCAGCCAUUAAGACUCACGACGACACUCAUCUUGAAUUAUGUCAGACGGCUAUCAAUAAAAAUCUUAAGGAUUAUCACAACUAUAAAAGUUAUUUGUCUCGAAGUAAUAGUUUAGAUAGUAAUCGACGAAAAAGAAUUGGAACUAAAGGAUCAACUGAUUCAAACUGUCAAUUAUAUGACACUCACCACAAACACUAUCACAAUCACUAUCCAUCGUAUAGAGCCAUUUGGUCGGAUCAGUCAGAUUAUGCGCCUAUAAAUGCAUCGCCAUUGUUGACAUCUAUACCACAAACCAAUAAUAAGACCUCUAAUUAUAUCACACAAAAAGCCAAUCAAAAUGAUUAUCUUAUGACAACUAAUUCUUAUACGAGUUCACCAAUUAUGUCAAUCGAUACCAUAGAUAAAGCAUUCGUAUCGACACAAACUCUAAGAAAUUCGUCAGAUAUUGAAGAAUCAAUUGCUGUGAGAAACGAAAAGUCAAUUCAAAGAAGUCAGACAACAAACGUAUUACAAAUGAAAGAUUCGAUGACAGGAAAACAUUUGCAAAUUUCCAAUAAUUUCUAUUCAUUGUCACAACCGAUGACAUCGACACCAAAAGCACUAAAUCCUUGGUGUGAGACAUCACUGGACUUUGUUUUGCCGACAAAAAGUGAUUCAAAACCAAAGGAAAAUAAUUAUAUGAAACCAAUUAAUAGGUUGAUUGAAGAUAUUAGUACUUCAAAUAACGAGUUAACCAAAGAGUUAUAUAUCAAUGUUACGAAUGCAUCUAAUAUGACAUCUUCACCGACAUCACUAACAUCAUCACCACAAUUGAUGCAAUCGUUUAACUUAUCAUCAUUGACACCAUCUAUACAAUCACAAGACAGUUAUCUAAACAAUGAUACAAAUAAAUGUAUAGAAACUAAAAAAACAAUAAYUAUCGAUAAAUUGAUAUCAAAACCGAAAGUAAUACCGAUGUCACCAAAUAUCCGGUCGGGUAAAGGUGUAGAAGUGACUGUAGUGAGUGUCGGACACUUCCAGCCCUAUUGGGAGGAAGAGAAGCCAUUCGAAUUGGAAGACUUCUACAAAUACAGUCAAAAACAUAGAAAUAGCAACCAAUUGGUACCACAAAUAGUCCACAACUGCGACAAUGAUAUCAAUAAUUACAAUAAUAAUAAAAUCAACGAAAUUAAUGAAACGAAACAUUCAGAUGAAACUCAUAAUUCAUUGACUGAUAAUCUGAUUAAAAAUGAUUCGUCUUCUAGUAGUAUGUCUUCGGAUAAGAAGUUUGUAUGGUUUGAACAACAGAUUGACAGUAAAGACCACAGCAAUGGAAAUGCAACUAUUGUUUAGUUUUUAUACAAAUAUACUCUUUUAUAUUAUAUUUAAUAAUUAGUGCCAUUAAUUACAUGUAAUAUCAUAUAAUAUAAAUGUAAAAAUAAUAAAAACAAU